ACCAUCGAUGACCCGGAAACGGAAGAAGAAGCGGUUCGCCCAGCAAGCUGUUCACCAGCGACAGGCGGCCAACAUGCGGGAACGGAAGCGGAUGCAGAGCAUCAACGAUGCAUUCAAAUUCCUACAUUGCCGUACGAGAAACGCCUGAGCAAAGUGGACACGCUCAAACUCGCCAUUGGCUACAUCAACUUUUUAGCGGAACUGGUGGAGAAUGACAGGUAUCCGCCCGAAGCCAAUCCGACCCAUCAAGAACCGGUCAAGAAGGUCAUCAUCCAGUGCCACCGAGGACAAUGCGGGGCUUUUGGUGGGCAUUCCUUAUCUUGGCGAAGUGAUAAGGAAAACAACGGCCACGGAACCCGGUGCUACACACCAAAGCGUUGGUCAACGACGACGAGCCACGCGUCAGUGACAACGCGACAGCGUCGAGUCCUCGUGUCGCCGUUUACGGUAGGCGCCUUUUCCCCUGUUUUACAUCCACCGCAUCAUCAUUGCAUCCGAGGUGCUUUCUAA